CCACAUGCAACUUCCGUUUAAAUUUCUCUGGUAUCGAUUUUCCAGUCUAAAGACGAAGUGUAUGGACCAUGCGAUAAACUACCAUUAUAUUCCGGAGAGAAGAAGAAUGCAAGGUGGUGAUGGUCUGUACAGCAGAAUGUCAUCAGCCCACAUGUUUAGGGAGGCUCAGGAUGCUGAGUUUGAACAUAAAACAAAAAAGGUAGCAGAGAAGAUCUCAGAAGGUAUGAACAUUGUGGCUAAUGAGCCGUCCUUAGCAUUCUUCAGAAUCCAGGAACAUGUGAGGAAGUCUCUACCACAGUUGGUGCAGCAGAAGCAUGAAGUACAGGAACUACAACAAAGAGUCCAAGGAGCCAGUUUUGAUACUGAAUAUGCCACUAAUGCUGUCAAGGGUUUGCAUAAAAGUAAUAACCACUUCCAGAAUAUCCAGGACCUGCUAAAGAAUGCCAUGUUUAUGAAGCAGCAGAUUGACUAUGAACAAGACAGGAGUGAUGAACCCGUGAUGCCCGCCCCACCGCCAAAUGUAUCUGCUGGGCCAUCGUCUGUAUACGGAUCGAUCAACUGCUCCUGACAUAACAGCAGCAAACCAUACAGAUUGUGGACAGUUGCAGGCUUAAAGUCUAUAAAUACAUCCAACUUUUUAUAAAAUAUAAACUGCUACGGAGCCUGAUGAAGAAACGAGCUUGGGAUGACAUGGUAGAUAUGUGUGAUAUACACUGUAUCUGAGAUUGUAACAGCUGUUUCAGAGUACAUGCAAAUCUGCCUCAGUGACCACAGCUAAGGAUAUCUCUAUGUUCCAAUUUCAACAUAGCUGGUAUUUUAUGUAAUGCCGCCAUUAGAUAUUUUGUUUGUCAAAUCUCGUAAAGCAGUUAACUAUAUAUUUUUGAGCCUUCUCUUGGUUUAUUGACUUGGCAUUAUGAAUGUAAAAGUGCUAGACAUAGAGUUGACAAAGCUGAAUUUUAUACUGGAUAUUACGUGACUCGUUGAUAUGUCGCGACAGAUUUUGACGUAUCUUUUUGCAGAUGACACAUAUCAUGAAAUAUCUUAUUUGUUUGUUCCUACUAUUUAUUCAUAUUUUUCUCAAGCUUUUUUUAUUGUUAUAAAUUCAAUAUGUCAAAUUAACACCGAAGCAGUACAAAAAUAUGAGCAUUCUUAUUGGUAAUAUUGGAGAAAUGGCCAUUCUAAUGGCUUGUAACUUUACAUGAGAGCCGCCUAUUCUCAUUGUGCUAUACUUUUCAUUGAAAGGGCUGUCUCGAAAUGUAUCUGAGCUGCAUCACAAGAGCAUGUGCAGUAAGUGUCCUCUAUAGCAGGUGAAAGUUGUUCUGCUAAAUACAGGUAUUACAACAGUUACAUACUUAUGAUGUGCUCAUGCGAAGUGCUUUUGAUUUUGAUAUACUAGGCCUAUAACUUAAGAUUUUAAAUCAACUUUGAUUAUUGCUAUUUAUAAAAAGUAACUACAUUCUCCUAUAAAUAGUAUAAUGUUGCCAAUAUUUAAAGCAUAAGGCAACUUUAAAAUAUUCGAUUUACCAUUAAGGUAAUAUUUGACAUUUGUUUGUAAUAAUUGAAAAUAGUACUUUUUCAUAGACGUCUUUAUUAUAAAGUCAUAAUGGUAACGAUCUAUACCAGUGAUCCUUACAAGUAAAUGGCUGUUGUAUUUGAUGUAAAAUGAAUAUUUGGAUAAUUCAGUUAUUUGUAGGAAAUGUCAAAUGAAAGAAUCGUUUUAUAUCUGUUAGUUAGGUAAUUAUUUGUCAUGUUAACAGUUUUUCCCGGUGGACAGCAUGAAAACAGGAGAAAUGUUUUUGUUUACUUUUGGCGUAUCAAUGUCAAAUCAGUUCCCAUUUUUUUACGAAUAUAAUUUAAGCACCAAAAACAUUUACAUGAGAUAGCAACAUGAUAGUAAUGGUGUCUAUAAAAACUGCAUGACUUACUGUGGGUGCUGUUUUCAUUUCAGAGUAAAAUUUGAAAUGAAGCAUUUUGUUCUUGUAUUUCUGUCUUAAAAAAAGCAAAAAGCAUCCCAGUUUAAUGGAUGCAGGCAAGUUAUAAAAUGUACUAAAUAACAGGUUGAAAUGUGUGGAGAUUACUGUCGUCACAUUAUCUAUCAUUUUAUUAAAAGAAGAUCGUUUACAUUCCUGUGUUAUUGUAAAAAUAGAUGUUAAUCCAAUGACAAACCUGUGCAAUAUGUAAUGAAAAUAUGUUUAUAAAAAUAAAAAAUGAAAACCUA